GUUCACUGAACCUAAAAGGGAAAAGAAAAUCACUUUCCAUGCGAAAUUGUCUGCAAAAGAACGUAGUUGGAAACUGUAUACACUGAUGAUGAAUGGUAUUUGAAUCAGGAUCCAAUACAAGGUGUUGAAGAUAAACAGCACUAAAGUUCAUAGGCAGCGCAGAGCUGCAACUGUUCGUACAAAAGCGUAGAGAUUCCUCGCUGCGCUCGCAAAGGAGCAUAAGCACACCCUUUCAACAGGCGCUUCAACGGCCAGACUCUGCUGACUCUGGACACCCCAGCAAGAAGACCGACGCGAUGAGCAAGCACCGCCCCCGCGCCACGCCCGCGACGAUCGUCGUGGCCGUCAUGUUGGCCUCCAGGUCGCCGACCUUGGUCAUGGACGCGAACCCCGCUGCGCAGAACGCUCCCAGCACGAACGCGGCCGACACCAACAACAAAAAGGCCGUCACGGCCAACCAGUCGCGAACUCGGGCCACGGCAUCCUCUAUGAACAAGUCCGCCACGGGCAAGGCCUCUCCAGCCAUGACGGUGGCGAACUAGAAGGACAAGCGGUUGAAGCCCCCAGAAGAGGCGCGCGAUCCUUCUCGUGUGCUCGCCCAGCGGAGGUUGCAGCCAUCCUCCGUACGUGACGAUGGCGAUGAGGGCAGCACCCACCAGAAUCGCGUUGACGGGGUUCAAGCGGAGAAGAGGAUAGUUUUAUAGGUCUUCAAAACCCGACAACCGAAAUCUGACAAAGAGAAUCGAGAGCUGGAGGAUCGCACGAAAUUCUUGCACAUUGUGCAAGCAAAAGUGGCUCUUAACUGCUCGGUCCACAUGUGUAUCUGGACCCCAUUCUGUAAAAAUUUCUGCUUUGUGGCCUCUUUCUUGCACGGCAAAACUUUCUUACAUACCAGAAUUUUCAAAACGAUGAUCGCAAUAAUGUGAGAUGCAAAACAACG